AAUGGACAUGAACAACCGCCGCGAUCGAUGCCGGGAGACGCUUCCCUCGACUCUCUUCGAGGAGUUCGUCCAGGACGACGUGCGUACACUGCGCACCUGGUUAACCGACCUCUUCCUCAACCUUGGCCUCUACAACAAGCCUAUGCCUGCCCUCUGCCACCUUGGCACUGCAGACAAGCCUCUUGGGUUGAUUCUGGGCUGCAUUGCUGGCAACAAACUGCUGCGCAUGCCGUUGAUCGUCAAGGAGCGAGCUGGUGAUCUGGUUCCUGGCAGUCAAGAGUAUAUGGAACUGGUGGACCUUCGGGUCGAAAAGAAGAACCUGUACGCCAUGCUCGGGAAGGUUGACGCCCACGGCAAGCCCUGGGGUCUUCUGGAGUGGGAGAAAGACUUCCUCGAGCGUGCGGCUGACGACAGUCGCGCCGGCAUGUGGCUCAGGCAGUUCAGCUGCCUCCCUGCUCUCCUCAGGAUAAUGUAG